UUUUCAGCCUGCCCACCUUUAUGGCAACCAUGGAUUCCUCCACCAGCGUCUCAUCCCGCGAGUCUCUCUAUUCCGUGGACAGCACCACCAGUGAAGAAGACGAGAACGAUCCCUGUGCCAACUUUAAGGUCUUCCUUUCGGACAGCAGCAGCGACGCGGAGAAGGCGGUGGGUCCCUUGAGGAGCCGGCGGGACGCUUACCCGGACGGGCAGAGCUUUCGGUACGCCCUGAACUCCAAACGGACUCAUCCAGGCUUGCUUUGCCAGGGCCGUGAGCGCCAGGCCCGGAAGCCGCUUGGCUUGUUGACUUCAGCUCGGCUGCGGCCUGCCAGUCACUAUUGCUGUUACCCCGGGACGCGGGAAGAGUCCCACUGUGCCGUCUUGAGGGACGCGGGCAGCAGGUUGCCCGGGAAGGCAGUAAACCAGAGGAGGAGGGCAAAUGAAGGGCGCAAACGGCCCAGCAGUGCCGUGGGAGGGGGCCAGGCCCUGGAACUUAAGGUGCAGUCAUCCCUGGCAGGGAUCAAAAGGUGUCGAAGCAAGGAGCUGGCGGCCGGAGUGGAUCCAUGCCCUCUCGGUUGGACUGAAGGAGAUCAGCUGUUUGCACAAAAGUGUCGGGAACUUCAAGGCUUCAUCCUUCCUCUCCGAGAACUUCUCGGCAGGCUGAAGAUGGGCCGCUUUGACCGAGGGCUCAGCACCUUCCAGCAGAGCGUGGCGAUGGACCGGAUCCAGCGGAUAAUUGGCGUCUUGCAGAAGCCAGGAAUGGGGGAGCGCUACCUGGGCACGUUGUUGCAGGUGGAAAGGAUGCUGAAAAUGUGGUUCCCUCACGUUGCCUUGAAGAGCUCACAUACUGACUGCGGCGCUGCACCGGACAAGGCCUCUGAAACAGCAGAGAAACCUCUCUCGGCAGAGACCGCCCCGCCAAGGCAGGCUGCUUCGAGGCCCUGCCCCGCCCAGAGCCCCCCUACGGAGGAACUGCACCAGACGCAUCUCACGGACUCUCCCGAAAGCAAAGCCGGAGGCUGGUGGGGGGAGCAGGCCCCCGCGCUGGCUGACUGGCCCGCCAUGAACUUGACCUGGAUUCACACCUCGCCCAUUUCGAACCCCCCCUUGGGCCACGUGAACUCUGGCUUCGGGCAGGCCCUGCUGGGCCCGAGUCCCCCGGGCGCCUACGGCAUCGUCCUCUUUCUCCACGACGGCCUGGCCGCCCCUGGAUCCUGCGACCGCUCCACUUCUGUGACCCCCGCCCUCCCGCCCCCGGCCUGCCUCCAUUUGAGCCGGCUGCUCCCGAGCUCUGGGGAGCUUCCGCGGUGCCAGAGCCUUCCGGGUGCCACGCGAGGGGGCAGCGGCUGUCCGGGGGGCUCCCUGGCCUUCCACUCCAAGUCUCUGCCAUGUUUGCCGACUUCCGGGAAGAAACUGAUGGUAACCGGGGAGAGGCUGGAGAGCGGGGCCCACUCUGAGAGGCCGUGUCCCUAAACGUGUGAAUGUCUCCACCACCCGCACUGCUUUUUUUUUUACGGAAGCUUCUGCUUCGUUUUUCCCAUUCUUCCCUUUUUUUUUUUUUUAAAUUUAAAACAUUUAUUGUGCAUUUGAUGGAGGCAGCUUGGCCAUCCAAGGUAAAGGGUCGGUUUUAAUAAAAAAGGCAUUGCUGUGAUUGCCCGAAACAAA